AUGGCGAGGCGCAUGGACUUCUUUGCACGCCAGCAAAAGUCUGAAGAAGCAGCCACCGACUUCAUGGCUGAACUCUGUAGGCUGGCCAUCCACUAUGGAUUCCCUGACCUAGGAGACACCCUCCUUAACCAAUUCAUCACGGGCAUCAGGGAACAGAAGCUCCGCUGUAAGCUCAUCGGCCACGUGGACCUGACUCUAGAUAAAGUGAUGCAAGAGGCCACAGCUUUCGAGAAAUCUCAAUGCGACCGCAUGGCCCACACCGUAAAUCAGGCCUCAGCUUCACCAGUUUCUGAUGUCUCAGAUGAGGAAGAAGUGCACCAGGUCCAUCGCCCAGCUCACCGUGACUCGCAGCCUUCCGCUGCCACUGGAGCAUGCCCCGCGCAGCCCUCUGCUCAAGUGCCCUACGCCAGUUGCAGCGAGGGCCAUGAACGAUGGUCCUGCCGGUUCCGCAACGCAACCUGCUGGACCUGCGGCAAGUCCAGCGGGGACGUCUGUAUUUGUGCAGACUACAAAUGCACUAUUAACAAGGCCUUGCAGGACCACGCUUAUCCUGUUCCGGUGGUCGGCCAUGUCCUGGCAUCCUUAGCUGGGGCAAAGGUUUUCAGAAAACUGGACUUGGCCCAGGUGUACCAGCAGCUUCCUGUAGGCGAUGCCACUGCAGAGGCUCAGACUAUCGUGAUACACAGGGGUGGUUUCCGGGUGCGGCGGCUGCAGUUUGGGGAGACUAUAAACCCCGGGUGGAGGGAACAAAUGACCAUUCUUCUAGGCUUCUUGAACUCCUAUUACUACAGUUGUCAUAUAGAAAGUCAGAUAGAAGCAAUUGUUCAUGCUACUUCUAGAAGCCCCGAUUUUGGAUAUGGUAUGACAUGUCCUCUUGGCUAUUUCCCUUGUGGGAACAGCACAAAGUGUUUGCCUCAGUUUCUCCACUGCAAUGGGCAAGAUGACUGUGGGAAUCAAGCUGAUGAAGAAAACUGUGGUGAUAACAACGGAUGGUCUGAGCAGCUAGAUAAAUAUUUUGCAAUUUACAAUGAAAGGAAGUCGCAAUAUGCCUUUGAAGUGAAAACCUAUGAAUGCUUAGUUGAUUCUGUGCCAAGAGAAUGUUUGUGCCGAGGGCUAGAGCUUGACUGUGAUGAUGCCAAUUUGAGUGUAAUCCCUUCAGUUUCUUCAAAUGUCACGAUGAUAUCCCUGAAAAGGAAUCUUCUGAAAAAGCUUGCUGACAACAGUUUCAAGAAAUAUCAGGAUCUUAAAAAAUUGUAUCUUCAGGACAACAAAAUAAAUUUUGUGUCAGGACAUGCUUUCAAAGGACUGUACAAUCUGACAAAGCUAUACCUAAGUCACAACAAUAUAACCUAUCUGAAACCCUGUGUCUUUGAAGAUCUACAUAAACUUGAAUGGCUCGUAAUUGAAAACAAUAAGAUCAAAUGCAUCUCUCCACUAACCUUUUAUGGGCUCAACUCACUUAUUCUCCUAGUUCUGAUGAAUAAUGCUGUUACACAGUUGCCAGAUGAACAUCUUUGUCAACAUAUGCCAAGGCUACACUGGCUGGACUUUGAAGGCAACAAAAUCCAUUAUUUAAAAAAUGCCACUUUCAUCUCCUGCAGAAGCUUAACAGUUCUUGUUCUGAGAAGAAAUGAAAUCAGCUCUCUCAAUGUAAAUAGCUUUUCUCAUCUUCACAGAUUAGCUGAAUUAGACCUGGCUAACAACCAAAUUGAAUCAUUUCCUCCAUACCUAUUUAAGGACCUGAAGGAACUCUCACAACUGAAUAUUUCAUGCAAUCCUGUACAGAAAAUACAAGCAGAUCAGUUUGAUUAUCUUGUAAAACUCAACUCUCUUAGCCUAGAGGGCAUUGAAAUUACAACUAUCCAGAGAAGAAUAUUCAGCCCACUUAGAAAUCUGUCCCAUAUAUAUUUUAAAAAAUUCCAGUAUUGUGGAUAUGCCCCUCAUGUACGCAGCUGUAAACCAAAUACUGAUGGAAUUUCUUCCUUUGAGAACUUGUUGGCCAGUGUCAUACAGAGAGUAUUUGUCUGGGUUGUGUCUGUGGUCACUUGCUUUGGAAACAUCUUUGUCAUCUGCACGAGGCCUUACAUUCGAUCAGAGAACAAACUCCAUGCCAUGUCAAUAGUGUCUCUCUGCUGUGCAGACUGCCUUAUGGGUAUAUACUUACUUGUAAUUGGAGCCUUUGACCUGAAAUAUCGUGGGGAAUACAAUAGACAUGCUCAGUUAUGGAUGGACAGUAUUCAGUGUCAGCUGGUGGGAUCUUUGGCCAUUUUGUCCACAGAGGUGUCAGUUUUAUUAUUAACCUAUCUGACUCUGGAAAAAUACAUCCGCAUAGUUUAUCCCUUUAGAUGCUUGAAGCGAGGAAGGUACAGGACACUUGCCAUUCUGUUUCUCAUCUGGAUUAUAGGAUUUGUAGUUGCUUUCAUUCCACUGAGCAAUAAGGACUUUUUCCAAAAUUACUAUGGCACUAAUGGUGUCUGUUUCCCGCUUCACUCUGAGCAAUCAGAAAGCACUGGAGGUCAAAUCUAUUCUGUUGUAAUUUUUCUAGGUGUUAACUUGAUAGCGUUCAUCAUCAUCGUGUUCUCCUAUGGAAGCAUGUUUUACAGUGUUCAUCAAACAGCCAUUACUGCUACUGAAAUCCGGAAUCAUGUGAAGAAAGAGAUGACCCUUGCCAAACGGUUUUUUUUCAUCGUAUUUACUGAUGCACUGUGUUGGAUUCCUAUAUUUAUACUAAAAUUGCUUUCCUUACUUCAUGUAGAAAUUCCAGGUUCCAUAACUUCCUGGGUAGUGAUUUUUAUAUUGCCAAUUAACAGCGCCUUGAACCCUCUUCUCUACACACUGACCACUAGGCCUUUCAAGGAAAUGAUUCAUCAAGUUUGGCACAACUACAAGCAAAGGAAAUUCUCAGGAAGCAAGAGCAGUAAAAAAAUGUAUGGGGCAUCAUUUAUUUGGGUAGAAAUGUGGCCUGUACAAGAGAUCUUACCAGAGUUAACAAAACCUGCUCUUUAUACAGACUUUUCAGAAGGAUCGAUUACUCACACAUACAUCAACAGUGAAUCCAUACACAUGAAAUGA